AACAUGACAAAGAAGAUAUGUUGGCACAGCCAAAGGAGCCACACCAGUACCUCCCUACUUCUCAGCUCAGUUCUUCCCUUAAAUUUCUCUCCCUCUCGGCUCUCCCCGGAAUAAAACUCAAUCUUCACUUCACAAGAACAUAUACAGACCUAUAUACAUAUAUUUAAUACACGUACACGUACAUUUGGUGCAUAGGAGGUUAUCCAAAUGUCAUUGAAACUCUCGAAUCUCUGAAGGUAUUAUUCACACUUCAGUUUAUCGAAGGCAGGUCUGGGAUUGAAUUCCGAUGGGGACGCUCACGAGUUGUAGUUUUAGCACUGUGAAUUUGAAUUUGCGGUUGAUUCCGAUUGGCAAUAGUUUCAGGGAAAGAAUUAAACCGUUUGGGCGCAAGAAUAUAUGUUUCUUGUGCAGAGAGAUAGCGAAGAGACAGCGAAUUUCACAUGGGAAUUUUGGUAGGGUUAAGUGUUUGAGUACUCGUAAUGACAGUGGUAGUGACGGAGAGGAGGACAUUUUGCCAAACGAGUCGAAUUUGGCAACAGCGGCUUCAAGGGACGAAGCUGAGGAAAGACCCAGUAGCAACGAUUUUGAUUCGGAUAAGUCGCCACCAUCCAUGUCUUCCAGGCCACCAACUAUUUCUCCUGUGGGACCAGCUUAUAGCAAUUUCCAAGUCGACUCUUUCAAACUGAUGGAACUCCUUGGACCAGAAAAGGUUGAUCCUGCUGAUGUAAAACUUAUUAAGGAAAGGCUUUUUGGCUAUUCUACCUUCUGGGUUACCAAAGAAGAGCCAUUUGGCGACCUAGGGGAGGGCAUUCUUUUCCUUGGAAAUUUAAGAGGAAAGCGAGAGGAUGUUUUUGCCAAGCUCCAGGAUCAGCUGGCUGAACUCAUGGGUGAUAAGUACAACCUAUUCAUGGUAGAGGAACCCAAUUCAGAAGAUCCAGACCCACGUGGUGGGCCCCGUGUCAGCUUUGGUAUGCUCCGGAAAGAGGUUUCAGAACCAGGACCAACGACACUUUGGCAGUAUGUGAUUGCUCUUUUAUUAUUUCUUCUCACCAUUGGUUCCUCUGUGGAGCUAGGAAUUGCAUCUCAGUUAAAUCGACUUCCACCUGAGGUAGUUAAGUACUUCACAGAUCCAAACGCCAUCGAACCACCAGAUAUGCAGCUUCUCUAUCCGUUCGUGGAGGCCGCUCUGCCGCUAGCAUAUGGUGUGCUGGGGGUUCAGCUGUUUCAUGAAGUUGGGCAUUUUCUGGCUGCUUUCCCAAAGAAAGUAAAACUGAGCAUUCCAUACUUUAUUCCUAACAUUACUCUCGGCAGCUUUGGUGCAAUUACUCAGUUCAAAUCUAUUCUUCCUGAUCGAAAGACAAAAGUCGACAUAUCUCUUGCUGGCCCGAUUGCUGGUGCUGCAUUGUCUUUUUCAAUGUUUGCAGUUGGCCUGCUGCUUUCAUCAAAUCCAGAUGCUGCGGGAGAUUUAGUGCAGGUUCCUAGCAUGCUAUUUCAAGGUUCUUUGCUUCUUGGACUCAUCAGUAGAGCUUCUCUUGGUUAUGCAGCAAUGCACGCGGCGACGGUUUCAAUCCAUCCUCUUGUAAUCGCAGGCUGGUGUGGCUUAACUACAUCAGCUUUUAAUAUGCUUCCCGUGGGAUGUCUUGAUGGUGGAAGAGCUGUGCAGGGUGCUUUUGGAAAAAAUUCGCUGAUUGGAUUUGGUUUGGCAACAUACACCUUACUUGGAUUGGGGGUGCUCGGUGGACCUUUAUCACUUCCUUGGGGACUGUAUGUGCUGAUAUGUCAGAGGACUCCAGAGAAACCAUGCUUAAAUGAUGUGACGGAAGUUGGAACCUGGAGGAAAACAGUUCUUGGGGUGGCUAUCUUUCUUUUUGUGUUGACACUCCUUCCUGUAUGGGAUGAGCUUGCAGAGGAGCUGGGUAUAGGUCUUGUAACCACAUUCUGAUGCACAGUACACAACAACAACAACACCAAUUUUGACCUUAAAUCAAGUUAAAAGUAAGGAAUUGAUGGGUUAAGCGAGUCAUAUUUAAUUGUUAUGUAUGUACAUAUAUUAUUUUGGUAUAAAUGGUAUAGUUGUACUCAAAUUAUAAUCACAUUCCAGACUUUGGCCA